AUGAAACAAAUAGCUUCGAUACUGCGUGCCGGAAUUGCCACUCUCAUCUUUCUGUCUCUUCCGUCUGGUGCCAUUUGGCCGUUUUCUCCAAAGAGGUUCAGCGGUAAUGCACUCAUAGCUGCAGGUUCUAUGGGGGUGGAUAGUGUCGACAAAAUUAUCGCGUUUGGAGAUUUCAACGGCGAUCAAUUCUUGGAUCUGCUCGCACUGGGAUCAGACGAGCGUACGCUGUCAGUAUAUCUGUGGAAUCACGAGGAUUUCGUUUUCAGAAAGGCAGCAGUAUUCCGACACCCACAGAAAGUCUACAACGUCAUUCCCGGUGAUUUCACUCAUGAUGGCAAGUUGGAUUUACUCGUCAUGAGCCAAGCCGCAGCUACGAGUCAGCUUGCCAUCAAUCUGUAUGUUGCAUCGUCGGGAGGUGGAUUCAAUUUGACUCCGGUGUCUGCACUACCUUCGAUACAAGCACAACCGAUGCCAAUGGACUUUAACGGUGACCUGAACAUUGACCUGUUCGGCAUACCUGCGCCGCAGUCGUCGAACUCUCCAUUUAAAGUGUGGCAGAACGUGUGGAAUUCAUCACAAACUAACUCACCGAUAUUCGAGAUAGUCGAUCCUAAGUUCAAUGGCGCGCAAUGUACAUUAGCAAACCCUCAUAGCAAUGCUGCGGUGGACCUCAAUGGGGAUUGUCUUGCCGACAUAUUUCUCGUAUGUGAUGAGGGCCACGGAUCGAAGUACUUCCAGAUCUGGGUAAACAACAAGGAUGACGGAUUCACGCUUGCGCAGCUUGGCCGUCUUCCCCCAGGCGUGCAGUCGGUAGUCUUCGGUGACAUUGACAGAGAUGGAACCAUGGACAUGGUCUUCACUACUUGCUCCUCUGUAUCAUCCACUACGGGAAUGGGCUCGAACUGCGCCAUUAAUAUUGCAUACAACAUCCAGCUACCUCUCUGCAGAUCUGCUACCACUCCUUCUAUUCAGAAGGGCAAGCGCGUGUGUCGUCCCCCAGAGCAACUCUGCACUGCCGACCCGGACUUCCGCUUCAACCUGAGCCAAAGCAGUGACAACAACGCCUUUGCUCGCAUUCCUAUCUCUGACAUCUUCCCCCCAACACGCGGCUCGAUUCCACCUUCUCUGCUCGUUUUAGACACAACGCAAAGGCCUGCAGUCCCAGUGCCUCUGAAACUUGGUGAUAUCAACCAGGAUGGCUUCCCUGACAUCCUCGCAAUCACCUCCUCGACCACCAGCUCGGAGAAAGCCAGCACCCCUCACCUAAUAAUGUCUGUUCCAUGUGGAACAGGAAUCGCGGGAUGUAGCACGAAGGGGGCCCGCAGGGGAUGGAGUCCAGUGCACAAGGGCGUCCAGCCGCUGCAGAAUGUGAAAGACGCACGGUCUGUCGCGUUCCUGGACAUGGAUGAAGAUGGAACGCUGGAUAUCAUGGUGCAACGGACCGGCCAGCAGGGAGAGGGCAACAUUCUCUUCGUGCAGAACAACUUCUACUACGAUGCGUUCUUCCUCAAGGCCAUAACGCUGAAUGGCGCAUGUGGAAGCGGACUGUGCAAGUCACCCAACGGUUCUUAUCAUCCUUUCGGCGUGAGCUACUCUGGUGCGACAUACAAAUACACCGUACUCGAUACUUCUGGUCGUCGAUCUGCAGCAGAAGUCGCCCAGCUCCCACAGACCUCGUAUCAAUCGCUGCUCACACCCUACGUCUACUUCGGCCUCGGCCGCACGAACAACUACAUUGAGAACUUGUUCGUUGGCUCUACCAAACAUUCGGACAAGCAUUAUAUCAACAUGGAGGGGGUGAUCCCGAACUCCAAGGUCGUGAUCAUCCCGCCGAUCGAGGGCGACACGUGGAGGAAAGAGCUCUAUCUGCGGCCGGGCGAGUGGAUUCCCUGGGUGACAGUCACGGUGAUCGGUGCCAUGACGGUGCUUGCGGUGAUAGUGUUCGUUCUCCACCUCAAUGAGAAGCGGGAAGACGAACUCGAGAGGAGACGAGCCUCGCAUCAUAUCAAUUUUGACGCAUUGUAA